AUUUGAUGUUUUAUUUUAAUAGCUCCAGCUUUGAGCACAGGUCCCGCCGGCACACGCACAAAUCCAUUUUUUAAGCAUAGAGACUGCCAAAAAAAAUUUCACCUAAUCAUGGACGUCAAUAGCAAUUCAAGCACUGCAGAGAGCAGUGGUCCAGUGGCCGAUUCGUCGCCGCAGGUUGGCGGCCCGCGGGUCAACAACGCAUGUGAGGCUUGCAGGGCGGCCAAGGUCAAGUGCACGGCGAGCAGCAGCCAGUUGGGCAUUUGUCGGCGAUGCUACGAAUCAAAGCGUGAGUGCGUCUUCAAGACCGGCCCGCGUACCAGGAGACCACGGCAGUCAAAGCUCAACCCAACAGCAACCCGCCCACAACCACCACCACCAGGCCCCUCCAAGACCUUCACCAUCGACGUCAGCCUCGCCCAGGACGACGGACCCCUAAACUUCGACAUGCUCCGCGACUCGCACGAGGCCAUGGUCGACCGCCUCUUCCCACCAGACUCACCACCAGCAACCACCGCACCGACGUCGUCAUCAUCCGCAUGCACCCGCGACUCGACCUGGUCCCCAUGCUUUACAAACACCACCUCCAGCUCCGCAGCCGCCACCUCGCCCUCGUCGUCGUCGACCAGCAAGCCCGCCAGCACGGCAGCGUCGGCAUGGUCGGGCCCGCUCCGCCGGCCGCAGUUCAACCUCGACAGCGCCAGCUCGCUGCUCGCCACCUUUCGCGACGACAUGUCGCUCUUCUUCCCCGUCUUCUCGGUCCCGGACGGCGCGACCGUGCCGGACCUGGCCCGCGACAGGCCCUUUGUCCUGCUCGCCCUGCUCGCCGCCGCCAGCGGCUCCAGGACCGCACUGAGGGGCGGCGGGAGCCUGUACGACGAAGAGUUUCGCAAGAUCCUGGGGCUCAAGUUCGUCGCCGGCGGGGAGAGGAGCGUGGAGCUGCUUGUUGGGUUGUUGGUCUAUUCUGCUUGGUAUCCUGUCCACCUGCGGCCCCGAAACAAGCAGUCUGCACAGUAUAUCCGCAUGGCCGUCGAUUUGAUACAGGAUCUCGAGCUCGACCAGCCCGAGUACCUCGAGCAGCACCGGGACCAACCGCGCGAGGAGCUCCUCGAGGGCAUCCGCGCAUACGUUGCAUGCUGCUAUAUAGUUCUGGCACGAACCCACAUGUACAGUCGCCCCUUGAACCUCCCAUACACCGCCUGGACGGCUACCUGCUGCGACAUGCUGGAGCGCGAGGCCCUCACGCCCGGCGACCGCAUCCUCCCCUGGCUCCUGCGUCACCAGCACCUCAUGCUCGAGGUCGUCGGCCUGGCCAAGGACGAAGAGAAGGGCCUGCGCUCCCCGUACCAGGCCGCCACCAUGCUGAGGGGGUUGGACAUGCAGUUUGCAGAGUACGGCGCGCGCAUGCCGGAGGAGGUCGCCAACACCCUCGUCAUGAGAUUCACCACCCUCACGACGCAGAUCCAGCUCCUGACCCCACACCUCUGGAAGACCUCCAACAUGACGCGGUCGCCGCGCGUGGACCCUUUCCAGGACGCGUCGCGCAUGCAGCUUGCGCUCCCGCACAUGGCCGCCGCGCUGUCCUUCAUGGGCGAGACGCUGCUCGGCGGCCGGCAGCUCACCAACAUCUGCAACGUCGAAUGGGGCCGCUUCGUCCUGCUCUCCAUCGUCGCCUUUACCUUCUCCUUUGACAUGCCCACCUGCCCUAGCUGGGACGCCACACUGGCGCGGUCGCAGAUAGACCUCGGCUCGCUGUUGGAUCGGCUCACCGACAAGGCGCAGAUGCGGGUGGACGACAAGUCUCGCGGCGACGGGACUGUUGAGGAUGACGACAUGACCAUCGUCGGGGCAAGUCGUGUCGUUUUUGGCGUCGUCAAAGCAAAGUUCGACAAGAGGAUGGCGGCCGUGCAGCGGCAGCGGCAGCAGCAACAGUCUUCCAUUGCGACGGGGAUAUGGUCUCUGUUCGGCAGUGGCGGUGGCAGCGGAGAUGCUCACCCAAAAAUACCGCACGACAAAUCGACCAGGGGUUGCCCAAUGUUUGAUGGUUCGUUGGAUAACUACAUCCCGGUGUGGGACGAGGCCUUCACCGAUCAGACAAGCUUUGGGGCAAGUGUUGCCCCAGUCAAUGCGACUGGCGGGUUUGCAGAGGCGUUUGGUGACAUUGAUCUAGACAGCGGUAUGGACGGGGCAGAGUUCCAGCCGGCUCAUGACCUUUGGGCCACCAUGACCAUGGGGUGGGCGGAGAGCGAAUUGGCAGGGCACAUUCAGCCUGCUGAUGGUGCGGAAAUCAGUUGAGGGCUGCCCCCAAUAUGUGGAUCGAAUGCCGUUGGUAUCAUUUCGAAAGAUCCGAAUUCUUUUGUCGCGAAAAAGCCCAGAGACGCCAGAAAGAAACAAGUUGCAUCUUAGCCUAGUGGUUUUCUCCCGUAGACCAAAACACUAGAAAAAUAAACGGCAGGCAUUAGUAUUCCAAUAGAAGAAAAAAAUAAGGAGUAUAAAGCUCGGA